GUUGCACAGCCAACGCAUAACGCGGAAGAAAAUCGAAUUCCCUCCAAUUUCCUAGCACUGUCGCAACUAUAUGUAGUUAAACUGUGCCUGAGAUUUUUCUCUGCUGUAAUGUUGCACUUUAAUUCCAUAGUCUCCGCUACAAACCGCCACUUUACACGAGGAAAAGUUGAGGUUAUAAUACGACUUGACAAUAAAUCGAGAGCUAAACUCUCCCGAGUGUCUGGAGCCAGAUAUUUAGCAGGAAAGAGGAGAAAGUUAACGUCGUAUGCAAUAACGGUUAUUAUGGAGACUGUUGCACACUUGUGGAAUAUCAGUCAAUUUGUAACGAAGUUAAAAUGCCCACUUGCCACGGAGUUACAAACUUUUUAUAUGCAAAAAUGUAAAAGCUUUCAAGCUGAAGUGGAGUUACCAAAGCAAAAGUUUGGGCCAUCCGUGAUGUGUAUGCAUUGUGGAUCACUUUGGAACACCAUGAAUGAUCAAAUUCGAUUAAUACCCGGUAGGAAAAUGUCCAAAUCGGUUAAAAGAAUUGUAAAGCGUGUGAAUGAAGGUGAUCAGGAUAUCCCAAAAGUACGCGUUUCCUUGGCACAGAAAUCUAUAAAAAAUGAGAUGAAUAAAUUAGCUAUCAAAUGCUCUGUCUGCUCCAAGCAGACUGUGUUACCAUUCAAAAAGAAAAAGCUGAAACUAUCUAAAGUCAAGUUGAACAAUUCUAAUAUAGAGACGCCACAGAAUAGUCGCAAGAAGAAAAAGAGGAAACGCAGAGACAAAACUGCAGGCUUAAAUAUAUCAGGUUGCAGAUCAGAGUCACCGUUAAACAAGAGAAACGAUGGUAAAACACUUACAAAAUUAGUCGCAACCACACCUAAAAUCAAUAAUAAGAAGUCACUAAGUAGUUCUACUAAAAAAACCAAAAAACUAAAUAUAGCGCGAUUGAGAAAUAUUGUAAACGACGGUACGACGACACCUGUGAAAAGCAAAAGCUUACACAGUUUUCUGUCGCAACUAUAUUAAAGGUAUAGAUUUGCAAUAUAGAAGGUAUAGAUUGAACAAUUGUAAAUGAAACAAUACAUUCAAUUUUGUAAUUAUACAAACAUUUCGUAUGCUAUAAAUAUUUUUUUAUAUGUACGCGGUGAGUGACUUUUUAAUAAAUGACUGUGACCUAAAUGAUACUAAAGUAUAGCUAUUGGACCGAAAUCGAAAUUCUCGGUUCAUGUCAAUUGAUUUUUGGAGAUGAGACACUCUUAUGACACUCUGGAAUGCACGAGAACGCGCAUUCUUUCAGAUUUCGAUCAUUGAAUAUCUUCCGCUUAUAAAUUGGAAUUUUUUAAUUCUCUUCGGGAAUCUGAUAGAAGGGGGAAAGAAGAAAUUCGUAACCGGCUUAGUUUCCUUAAUUAUCGUCUAUUUCUUGGAAAACAGUUAUAUAAAGCAGAAAUAAGUACAUAUUUUCAAACAUUAAUUGCAGUUACCGCAGGUAAUUGUUCUACAGUAUCGUUAAAGGGAUAUUCGUUUACUCCGUAUCUUCGAUUGUUACGUGCAACAUCUCCUCGCGACAUUUCGAAUCGCGAAUAGAACGCUACCGAUUCAAAACGUAGUAGGAAUCGCAUUAUUGCGUCAUGUCGAUAAUAAAUAGAUCUUUGGCAUUGCAUACAAGAUGCUACUUUUUUCUCUCUUUCUAGUCCUACAUAUAAUAUUUUUAUUCAUGGUCCACACUCUCAAGUGAGACAA